GCGGUACGGUAUGCACGCGCCGUGCUCAGUGAGGGUAGGCAGGCCCGCUGCGCUCGCACGCGUGGCGGUACGGUAUGCACGCGCCUGAUGGAGUGCUUGCUGCCCGCAGGGUGCUGGACCGGUACGCGGGCAUCUUCACCCGACGCGCGGCGGCCUUCGCGGGCCAGCUGCGCGCCGAGGUGCCGGCCGGCCAGAGCUUCAACGUCAUGAGCAAGCUGGGCGCGUUCGUCGUCGGCAGCAUCAUGGAGACGGCCUUCGGCGUGGACGCCACCGCGAGCGAGGUGCUGGAUCAGCUGGUCCGGGCCUCCGAGGACGCGUUCUUCAUCGUCGCGUACCGCGUGCUGCACCCGUGGCUGCUCCUCGACUGGCUGUUUAGGAUGAGCCGCCUGGGGCGGCUGUCUCGACACCACGAGGAUGUCAUCAGCAAGAUGACUGAGCGGGUCAUGGAGGCAAAGAAGGCGCAGCUCGAGAGGAGGACAGAGGUGGCCGAGAGCGGCCAGCAGGACAACGCCGAAAACGACGAGGACGACAGCGUCGUGCGCGAAAAGUACACCUUCCUCGACAUGGCGCUGGGUGACAAGGCCCACGCCCUCUCUGACAAGGAGAUCAUCGAGGAGGUCCGCACACUGAUAGCCGUGCAGCAGACGACGGCGUCCACGCUCAGCUUCAUCAUGGUGAUGAUGGCGCUCUACCCAGAGGUGCAGGAGAGCGCGCGCGCCGAGGUCCGCGAGCUGGACGCCGUCCAAGGGCUGCACCCGCUGGAGCGCCUCAAGCGCCUCAAGUACGUGGAGCGGGUCAUCAAGGAGACGCUGCGCCUCUUCCCCAUCACGGCCAUCUUCGCCAGGAAGCUGAAGAAGCCGUUGCACCUACCGGACCAGAAGACUAUCCCCGCCGGCGUGAUGGUCGCCACGUCGCCGUACGUGGUGCACCGCGACCCCCGCCACUGGCCCGACCCCGAGCGCUUCGACCCGGACCGCUUCCUGCCCGACCGCUGCGCGGGCCGCCACCCCUACGCGUACGCGCCCUUCAGCGCGGGGCCCCGGAACUGCAUCGGCCAGCGCUACGCCAUGCUGCAGAUGGUGGCCGUCGUGGCCGCCGUCCUGGCCCGCGUGCGCGUGCACCCGGGGGAAGGCUGCGAGUCGCGCGCCGCCCUGCGCGUCAACGCAGACGUCUUCCUCACCAUCGAGGGCGGGUUCAACGUGCGGCUCGAGCCUCUGGAAGGGUGCUGAGGGGCCUGUGCAGAGCGAGAAGAAACUUUCAGCCAUUGAUAAAACUCUUCACUCCAAUCUGGACUCCUGGGCCAGUCACAGCGUAGAAUAACGGCAUUGCGUCUUAUCAUUAAAUUCUGGAGGUUGCAGCCAGUUUUAGCGAGGAGCAGCACUG